UCAACUAGUUAUUUAGUAAGUACUUGAUAUCGUGCAAUAAUUUACGAAUGGGUACGAUUUCAUCGGACUAUACAGUUGAUGAUUCGCAUUAUAAAUCUAAAAUACUCAAUAAUGAUGUAUUUUGUUUAUGUUACUGUUAACAGACAGAUAAGAAUAGCCAAAUUUAUAUUUUGACUUAAAAGAAACAUUUCCAUAAAAAAUUCUCGACAAUGGACCGUUUAUCUGAAAUGUCUGAACAACGACGAAUAAUAGAGGAGAAGAAACAAGAAAUUCUGAGAAAGCUAGCUGAAAAAAAGCGUAAACGAGAUGUCGAAGAAUAUGUAUCAACAACGACCACUACAAAUAUAGUUACUUCGUCUAACAAAAGUUUUCCUGUAAAAAUUCCUUGUGUUUCUACAACCAACCAGUUCAAGAAUGAUGGAAGUUUUCUAGAGCAGUUCAGAAAGUUGCAAGAAGGUAAUACAUCACCUGCAAAUUCAAAUGCAUCAUCUACAUCAAAGGGAAUUUCUAUGAAAAUUCAGCCUCAAGUAAGCAAAACUCUUGAGCCUACUUCUGUUCAAAAAAUAUUGUCGAAUGAGGAAGAAGAGAAAAACUAUGUUUAUUCACCAGAGGAUAGAGCAAUACAAAAUGCAGUGGAGAAGGUUGCCAUCUCUGUUGCUGUCAAUGGUGAUGUGGCCGAAGAAGUUGCAAGAAAAAUCAAUUGUGAAGAUUCAGCUUAUAGUUUCCUGAGUAAUAAAAAUAGUGACACUUACAAGCUUUAUCAACGAAGAGUUUCAGAAUUAGUAGAAGCAAGAAAAAGAGCUGAAGCUGAUGGCCACCUCAUGACUUUUGGUAAAAUAGAUGAAGAAAAUAAUACCUUACAAACAUCAAGAAAGCGUAAAAAAAGCCGAUGGGAACCAGAAAACUCUCAGAAUGAUGUUAAUGUGAUGCCAGCUUAUGUUCAGAGAGAUCAAGGUUUGAAAUCUUAUGCAAUUCAAGUAUUUGGAUCAACUGAUUUGACGCCUGAACAGUGGAAGCAGCUAGAAGAUCAAAGAAAAAUGAGAUUAUUGUUUGAAAUAAUGCAAGCCAAACAAAAAGAAGAAUAUUUAAGGCAGUUAACUGGAAAAGUUAAAUAUGAGUAUGAUUCUGAUGAAGAAACUGAUGGUGGAACAUGGGAACAUAAAAGAAGAGCAAAUGAAAUGGAAAAAACUAAAUAUUGGGCAGAAGAACUCACUGAGCAUGCUAAAGGAAAACAUCACAUUGGAGAUUUUCUUCCUCCUGAAGAACUGGAGAGUUUUUUGGAAAAAUGGGAUGCUGUUAAAAAAGGGAGAGCACCUGAUCUAUCUGAUUAUAAAGAACACAAAAUUACUUCAGACAAUAUAGGUUACAAAAUGCUUCAAAAGUUAGGAUGGACAGAAGGCAGUGGCUUAGGCGCUGAUGGUGGUGGAAUUGUGGAACCAGUAAAUAAGGGUGCAGCUCCUGUUGAAAAUGCUGGAUUAGGUCAAAGCAGGCCAGAUGAUAUUAAAUCGGAUGAUGAUGAGUAUGAAGCCUAUCGAAAAAGAAUGAUGCUAGCUUACAGAUUUAGACCAAAUCCUUUGAAUAAUCCUCGGAGGCCAUAUUACUAACAUUAUUAAUUUUUUCAAAUGUUGUGGGAAAAAAAGAGGCAUCUACCAGUGUUUUAAGUUUUUACUGUCUAUAAUUUGAAGUUAGUUAUAAAAACUUAAAAUUUGUAAAUAAAUUCUUUUCUGUUUUUUGUCUUUAUUAAAACAGUCGUGAAGAUUUUAUUCCUAA